UAUGUUGUAAAACAAUCAAAAUUCUUUCAAAAUGUUGCACAAAAAUCUUCGCACUGUACUCUACUACGUGAUCGGGGUCACCUUUAUAUGUUUGAUGAUUGAAUAUAGAAAAAAGACGGACGACGACUUUUAUAAACUGGAUAAAAAUCUGUACUCGGUAGUAACAGCUAGUUUACAACAGCUAGAGGCACAGCCACAGGAAACUGAGGAUACAGACAAUGAAGUUAUUCCUUUACGAAACCGUGGAAAGGAGAAACCAGAUUUUAUAUCAAGUAAAUCUAAGGCGCCUCAAAGAAUCAGCAAUGAGCUAAAAAGUAAAUACAGAGAAUGGAAAAAAGAACAAGUAACCAAAGGAAAAAAGGUUCAAGGACUUUACAAGCAGUGGAAGCAUGACCAAGGACUCCUGGAUGAAGAUAAUGAUGAAGGGUCUGGAUCAGAUCCUACUAAACCUGGAAAAUCUGGCAAACCUGUUCCUCAAGACGGAGAAGAUUUUAAAACAUGGAAACUGAAGAAUGGGGGGAAGGGAGAGGAUGAGAAGGGUUUGUAUAAAAGAUGGAAGGUGGAGAAGGGUUUGAAUAAGAAGAAUGAGACAAAGGCAGAGGAUGGAGAGGAUUUUAAAUCUUGGAAAAAGAAAAAUGGCGGAGAAGAAGGAGACGUUCUGGGACUUUACAAGAAAUGGAAAGCGGAAAAGGGAUUGAAUAAGAAAAAGAAAGUGAAGGAACUCGAAGAUUAUGUUGAAAUAGAACAGAGGAAAAUUGAAAGCGGCAUUCUUCCUGACGAGCCUAAACAUGAUGAGAAGGAAGAAGAAGAAGAUGAGGAAGAAGAAGAUGGAAACAAGGAAGAAGAUUUAAAGAAGGAGUUCAAGGAACCAGUUUCUGAAUAUACUCCCCCAGAUCCAGACCAUAGCUGUGUAAAUUUUACGUUUACGGACGAGUUACUAAAACGUGCUGAGGAUGUAAAGGAACAGUGCUCUAGACUUGGAGAAGAGGUAGCAGAUCAGUCCAGAAUGUUGAGCCGCCUGCGGUGGGCUGUGGACGAAAGACUUCUCUAUUGUCCCGUGUUUAAGGCUGCAUCUACUACCUGGUUAGUUAACUAUCUCAAGCUAUCUGGAAGUAAGAUUAGUUCUAAGGUCGGAAAUCUUCACACAAGAAUAACAAAUCUUUUUCCGGCUCCUUCAUCAUUUAAACUAAGGAAAAAAAUCUACGAUGAAUCUCUGAAGUUUAUUAUUGUCCGACAUCCAUUCGAAAGACUUGUUUCUGCAUACAGGGAUAAACUGGCUGGGUUUAGUAGGAACCCUCACUACCUGGGGAUGCGAAGGCUUAUUAUCAGUAAAUACAGGAAAAAUUCUGCUGACAACUCAACCAUCCCAACUUUCAGAGAAUCUGUUGAUUUUGUACUGGACGAGUUGAAAGAAAUGGAAAAAGGAUCAAGUACAGUGAACAUAGAUGGACAUUUUAUGCCAUAUACGAGACGAUGUCUACCCUGUGGAAUGAAUUACGAUCUGAUAAUAAAAUUUGAAAGUUUUGAAGAAGAUUCAAAUUAUAUUAUUCAACAAUGUGGUCUGGACGAUAUACUCAGUGUCACUCAUGAAAACCCUGCCCCUACCGGACCUAAAACUGAACAGGGAUACAAGAAUAAAUCUAAGAAGAAGCAGAAAAAGAAAUCCGAAUCUCCUGCAAUAGUUGAUCCUGUGAUGAGUAGUGCUCUCAAAACCCUACAAUAUUUUGAGGAAAUUCCCGUGAGCAAGAUAAAGCAGUUGUACAUUCAUUACAAGCUGGACUUUGAAAUAUUCGGCUAUUCCGCCGACGAUUACCUUUCACGAGAAGAUGAAUGAAUGAGAUCCUAAAAAUGUUUGUUUAAAGAACUGAAAACUCGGCCCAAUCUCUAAUUUUUGAUAUUUCGGGCAAAGAUAAAAGCAUUCAAAAAUUAGAUUGUGUGGCUAAUGUUAAAUUUCUUUAUAGUGACUGGUUAUAAUUAUAUUAAAAUGAGAAUUUGUUGUAAAUAUUUUUUUCAACUUCGCUUAGAACGCAUCUGUGAUAUAGUUUUUUAUGUAAAAUUUGUAAUGCUUCGCUUCGUAUAUUCUCUACUUCCACAAAAGUCAGAUCAACAAAAGUUCGUUAUAUUUCUUAAAAAAUCCGCCAAAAAGUAUAAUCAUUCACAUCAAGCAUCAGCCAUCAUAGAACUAUUAUAGACCCGGUGAGAAAUAUUAAUAUAUGUUAGAUGUUUGCAUAAUUUGUAAUAAUUAUUAGAUAGAAUAUAUAAUAUACGUA